AUGUCGUCGUUGUCCGCUAACCUUGCAUCUCUAUCAACAAUUGAAGAACAAAAAGGAUUUCUAGGCAACAAACUCUUUCCUCUUGUCUUACAAAGAGUCAAAGAACCUGAUUUAACAAGUAAAGUUACUGGAGCACUACUCGAAUUGGAUAAUGAUGAAAUAUGUCGUUUAAUGGAAUCAAAUGAUAUGCUCAAUGCUCGAAUUGAUGAAGUAGCAACUGAAAUUAAAUCUUGUGAACCAUAA